AUGGAUCGUUUUCAGGACAUAACACGCAAACCAGAUCUAUCGAGAGAGGACAUUGACGAAGUCCUUCGACAGCGCCGUGACAACAGGACCCCCCGGGCCUGCUAUCCCUGCCACCAACGCAAAGUCAAGUGCAACUACGUGAAGCCUUGUCAAACCUGCAUUGAUCGAGGCUAUCCCGAGAUCUGCAUCUACGACGCCCCGCGGUCAAAGUCGUUUGCCGAGACUGCAUCGUCUUCGGGCGCCGCCAGUACCACCCCCGCAGCUUCAGACGAGCCUGUGCUGGCUCAGAAAGUCACCUUGUUCGAGCAGACACUAUGGAAAGUCAAAGACGAAAUCGACAGGGUCUUGGGCGUAUGGGGCCCGAGACCAGAGUCGUCGAUGGUCGGCCAGCAAUCGCGCCAGAGUCCCAGCAGAGAAGGGACGUGGUCGACACCUCAGGUACCAGGGCCGAGCACGCGGGGUACUGGGCAGCCUGUACACUUGGGACCGCAUCCAGUGCUGCGGCCGACUGCGGUGUCGACCAGUGCUGACCUUGCGCGGUGGGCACAAGAUCCCUCAAACCAAGAGAUUCUAUCCAUCUUCGCCCUGGAGAAUCAAUCCAUCACCUAUCCUUUCUCUGCGUUGUGGGGGCUACACAACGAGCCCGCGUCGAGGUUUCAAAGCCUGUGCGAGUUGCUUCCCAGCGACGUCGAGUGCCGCAGCCUCUUCGUCUGCUACACAGAGACUGCUCACGCAGUGUUCCCAGCCAUUCCCGACCUCGACCAAUUUCAGAACGACCUCAGCGAAUUCCUUGCACGGCGGUCAACCGCCCAAAAAGCACCCCUCUCAGAGGCGGACCCGGAGCCACAUUCGGGGAUUGGCGGCAGAGACCUCCAUUGGCUUGGGUUGCUCUUUGCAUGUUUGGCCUCUGGCUGCCAGUACUCGACUCUUCCGUUCUGCUGCGCCUACGAGUGCUUGCGAUCCACCAAUUACCUCGGAUACCCCACCCUAUUUGACGUUCAAAACAUGCUGGUCAUUGCCGAUGUCAUGGCCAACAGCCUCGAUGCCGGUGUGGCGUGGUGCUUUGAAGGGCUGACGAUCCGGCUGGCACAAAGCCUUGGACUACACCUUGAGGUGCCUCAAUCCACACCAGACAGCCUGCAGUGGCUCCGAAAAGAGCUAUGGUGGCGCAUCGUGUGGCAAGAAAGCUCACUUGCCUUGGCUUUCGACAGACCUUCGACCCUCCCGAUCCAAAGAACGCCCCUAAACACCGGAUCCAGCGAGUUAUCCUACAUUGACUGCAUGAAAAAAAUCUGCCAGAUUGGCAUUGAAAUUGUCCGCGAGCGUUCGAACAGAGCAGCCGGGCAGUUUAGUUCUGAAGAUAUAUCUCGACACCAGGAUAUCCUCAACGAAAUGGCACAGGAGGCUGCACCAUACCUCAAGGACGUGACGCUUUGUCACACGACCAAAGCUCGGCUCGAAUACUGGAGCUUGUACCUACACCGGGCCUACGUCAAUGCUGAGCUCUACAGAACCCUUCUAAGCGACCGCAGCUCCAGCCCCGACGAUAUGGAUGCCUACGUGCGAUGCCUGAGUGGCACAGUUACAGGCUUCCUUCACCUGCAGGUCACCGCUCCCGCAGUCAAGCAAUCCUCAAUAUUCGUGCAGAGAGCGCUGAGCUCUGCGCUGAUGUUGUGCACCAUGGACGACCUUACGAGGACGAGGCCAGCACAGUAUCUGGUCCACAAUUUUAUCACGGUCAUGGAGAGCCCGUGCACACACUGCGCCGAGGCACACUUGCCUACACCUUUCUCCAAAUCCAUUGCGAAACUACAGGACAUGGCGGCGAUGCGGUGGCCUUCGAAUCCUCCAAGCUUUUCGAGUGGUCGGACGCCCCCAGGGACGACGACGAGUCACGAAUUGAUGAACUGA